UUCAAAAAUAAAUUUUAAAAAAAUAUUUGAAAUAUUAAUAUUCUUAUUUUCUGGCUAACGGCCAACCGUCGGCAACGAUUCAUGCAGGAUCCGUCGCGCCCAUUUAACUCCUUUUUUAGUUUUAUUAUCACACGCCUCUCGAGAAAAAAAGAGAAAGAAAAGAGAAAUGGCUAAUAAUCGUUUGACCGAAUUCCCGCCAAUUUCAUCACCGUCGGCGCCGCCUGCUUCAAUUCCCCUCCAUCUAUGCGGAGUGCUCACCGGCGACACUGUUCAAGUCCAAGGCGACACCGGCGAGUUGCAAUUCUCCGUUCAAUUCAAAGUCCACAGAAAAGAACACCACCAAUCCGAGCCCCCUUCCGAUUUCCCCGACGCGAACAUCCCGUCGGAAAUCGGAACAUUUCACGAUUCCGUUCAAGCAUCUCCAUCUUCUUCAUCGUACUUGACUCCUACUUCUGCUCGCGAGAAUGAACAUCACACUUCGGAUGCAGAUACGAACGCCUUGGAUGGAGAAUCUCUGUCGAGAGAUGGCGUUGUUACGAGGCUGAGGAGUGGGGUUUUAUCUCCGGUGAAGUAUUACUCCAACGGUCCUAGUCACGGUGGUGCUGUUUAUAGGGGCGGUUUGAGUUUGAAGAAGAGAAGGAAGGUGAACAACAAGAGUAGAGGCGAUGCAGAGAACGUGUUCGAUAAAAUGCUGAGGAGACGGAGUUUGCCUUUAAGGCCGUGCAGUUCGUAUGCGUUCUUCCUGACAGCUAAUUGGGGUGUGGUUAAACGUUGUUCGUUUGGGGAAGCGAGCAAGAGGCUGAGCAAGCGAUGGUACAAACUCCCUCACGACGUAAAGAAGGAGUACGAGGAGAUGGCUUUGAAGGAUAAUGCAAGAUAUAAACGGCAAUGUGUACUGCUAAAGAACGACAACGAUCUGCAAGAGUCUUCCUCUGUCUUACCGGUGGAAUCCAACUAAGGUUAUAAAACCUUUCAGUGAUAUAUAUAUGUGUGUGUGUGUGUGUGUGUGUCUCUCUGUAAGAUUUCUCCAAUAACACAUGUUACAAUGUCCACAAUAAUAUUAUAUGCCGAUUUUCC